CUCGAGGUUACCUACUGUUAGGUAAUCAAAUCAACUCGUACCUAAACCCAUCAACUCCGAUCCUCUUGGUACCUAGAUAUUAAUCCUACACUCACCAAAUUUCAUUAAACAAAGAUUUCUAGCCAGGACAAUCUAGAAAGUCUUUACCAGGGAGAUUAGACGCUGGACAAAUGCUUUAAACAUGAUGGAAACAAUACAUUGCGAUGCCUCAGCCGCAAGAUAACGCACGCGCCGUCUUCCUCAUCAUAUUGAUAUUCUGGCUUGCCACUAGUCCAGACUCGAGUCCCGCGCUCAUCGCCGGCCCGUCGUUAAUAAAGAAUCGCAUCCUACGCCAGAGACAUGCUCUAAGUGUAUUAAAUAGUACACAAUGGGGUGACUUCUCACCGCGACUUACCGACGAUCCGCCCGAGACCGAAGCCAAGUACCUAAAUCUAACCGGUUUUCGAGAGGAAGACGGCUACGUGUGGGAGGACCUCAAACGUUUCAAAAAUCGAUGCGAAGAGUGGAGUAUAAAUGCCGUCGGAAUUCCAGAGGUCGCGCAACCGGUAUGGCAAAAUGCGACGGGGGUAGUACACGGUUGGUGGCAGAGAGCGAACACAUCUUCUCCGAGAUACCACUCCAGCUACAACCUAAGUCAGAUUAGCCCGGGCGUUACGUGGGCCGGCUCGAAUUCUGAAUGGAGUAGAAACAUAACUGGUGCGAAAGGAAAGAUAAUGGUGCGCAUUGAAGACAAUGAAGAUGACGCGACGGAACCAGCCGAAAUAGACAGGAUGACACUGGACAGGGCAGAAGUCAAAGCCCGAGAAGUCUCGGCAACGGCCAACAUCGAAGAUAUUGAAGGCACUGGGAAUGGCUGGGAGAUGCGACUCCAUGGUGUUCACUGGCCGCGCCAAGGGACCAUACUUCUCACCACGACGAGCGAAAAGUUCGCUGGUAUUUUCGGAUUGCCACAUCUCACCACUCGGCCCGAAUUCUUCGAAUCCAGCCAAGCACUACUGAACAGGACUCUGGAUGCGGCCCUUAGGAAGAAGGAGCACCAUAUCUUUACUGAGCAACUCGAUCCCUGGGCAUCCAAUUUAGAGCCAGGAGAAACUUGGAAUCCAUCUCCACACUGCGAGUACUUGAUUUAUAUCCAAAUCCAUCCCUUAGACCAAAAUAUACUACAAGUGCAACCGAGUCUCACGGGUCCAGAAAAUGUAGCUAAGGCUAUCAAAGAUAUCGAAAACGAGCUUCGCUUCCCUCAGGGUAUAGGCCACCGGCGAAUACCGCGGCUACAAAUGUCGGCUGUGGUCUAUUCCCCCGAUUGUGCCUUUUUCCUCGAAACAAAAGGCCCGCCGGCAUAUGCGUCAGUUGAUGGUAACCAUAUGGUCGGCGUGAAACAAGAAAUCUUUCUCCAUAGCGUCAGCACAUUUCUUCUAGGUCUUGCGUUGAUCAUGUUCGGCCAACUUCAACUACUUAAGAUGCAAAUGAGGGAAACCUCUACUCCCUCAACGUUGGGUCGUGUUAGCUUCUAUACGGGCUGUAUGAUGUUACUUGCUGAUGGCAUGCUCUUCACCGGGGCAGCAGCAUGGAGUUUUUCGGCAUCAACUACUUUGUUACCAUCUCUUGCUAUUACGUGCGUCUCGUUUCUAUGCAUGACGGUUGGGAUCUUUUUCCUCGCUGAGAUCCACAAGGUCCAGGAACCUGAAUGGCGACGACAAGAACGCGAGAGGGGACGACAGAACACGCCCGCAAAUGCCACAAAUCCACCCAAUUCAUCCAACAACGCUCGCGAGACUUCUACUACGACAACUGCGACCCCUCGUCGGUCACCGUCUCCGCCAAUUAUCAUUCCUUCGGAUCAAGAUAUUGAUGCCGAAAUCGCCGAAGUCACAGCCAACACCAACAAUAACGCCACACUUCCAGCUCCAGUAACGGCAGGGUCCGCUACACCCACCGCUCAAAAUCUUCGAACGCAGUUAAGCAACAUAUUUGGUCGUCUCUUACUCAUUGGAAUUACGGUUCUCUUCUUAAGUCUUGCGGCAGCAAGUUGGCGACCUAGUAUUCGUGCUGCAUACUUUAACACUAUCCUCUUCAUCUACCUCUCACUAUGGAUUCCACAGAUCUACCGCAAUGUAUAUCGUAACUGCCGUAGAGCGCUAUCGUGGCGCUUUGUUAUCGGUCAAUCGAUUCUACGCCUAUUGCCCAUUGCUUAUUUCUAUAUCGUACCGAACAACUUUGCUUUUGCCGAAACCGAUUGGACUGCAUUCAGCGUGCUCUCCGGUUGGCUCUGGAUCCAGAUAUGGAUAUUAGUUGCGCAAUUCGUCCUGGGUCCCCGCUUCGGCGUUCCGAAGGGCUGGAUGCCGGAGGCUUGGGAGUACCACCCGGUUCUCCGCGAAGACAAUAUCGAGGCAGGUGGGUUGCCCAUUGGCCUAGUAGCUGCGCCUAGCAGCCCGCUAGAGCGGGUAAGGACAGGCGAGGAGGGAGGAAGCAAGGAUAAAGAUAGGAAACGCACGAAUAUACAUGUGAUAGACUGCGCGAUCUGCAGGGAGGUGCUAGAGGUGCCGGUUGUAAAAGCAGGCGACGACGAUCCUACGGCGGGAGGCGUGGCAGGCGUGUUUGCCCGCCGCGCGUAUAUGGUUACACCUUGCCGACAUGUUUUUCAUAGCGCUUGCCUGGAAGGUUGGAUGCGGUUUAGGCUGCAAUGUCCGAUUUGCAGAGAGGAGCUACCGCCUCUAUAAGUCGUGGGUGUAGGUUUAUACGUGUAUAUUGAAGUUUAUAGAAAGCGCAUGCAAACGUGCCUUCCAAACCUUAAAUCAAAGUAAUCUCUCUUACUUACCUACCUGUAGCAAGUCCUUGGAUUGGGAAGUCAUGGUCCGG